AUGGCCGAGUCUAGCAACAUCCUCCAAGCGAUCAUCCAAACGCCUGAUGGUGCAGCCGUGAGGUUGCGCGAUCAAUUCGCCGGGCGGAACUAUGUUUUUUUGACUUUCCACUCCUCCCCUCCCAGUAGAGAGAAGGUUGUCUCUCCGAUUAAUAGUACUGCGGAAAAAUGGGAUACUUUCAAAGAAUUUUCGAAAAAUACCAGGGUCCAAGCACGGUCCAGGUGGAAACUGUGGCUUGAAACCGAAUCAGAAUGCGCGGUGGAAGAGCCAUGUGUUACACGGAACUCAUCCCGGAGAAAUGGUCACCUGAUGGCCUUCUUCCCUGACUGUCAUGGUGGUCGGAUGAACGGCAUACCACUAAGAGGACUAGCUCGUCGUCAGGCUGAAUUUCGCACCAGACAGUCGGGGGGGAAACAACAUGCGGCUGCAGCGGCUUGA